AUGAAGUGUUUAAGAUUUUUCACUAUGCCAAACACGGAAUUAAGAGUAGACCAGAUUCAGUGGUUGCAAAAAGUGGAACAAAGUUUGCAUGCAAUUGAUAUUAUUGGAAGGAAAUUAGUUACUGGACGUGCAACGUAUAGAAAUCCUGGUUCCGAUCUUAUUCUAAUACAGCUUGAGGCUAAAUUAAUUCGACAUGCUUCACGUGUAUGCUAUUUGAAUGAGCGCUAUCGUGGUACUAAAUAUCCUUCACUUAAUGAUUGGUUAACUUAUGUCAAUUUGUUACCUACCGAAGUUGUUGCUGUUUUAGAAUGCGUGCGAACAUUUUGUGUUUUGAUAACAAUAAACGACAAACAGCUUCUAGAUAUUAGCGAGAAGCUUCGAUUUACCUCAAAUGGCCGUCGCAGAUUACGCAAAUCGUCCUACUCAUUGAGAAGUUACAUUUCGAAAUGGAAAGAUGAGGGAAACGAGCCGAUUCGUUCAUUUGGUGACAGGGAUUUAUGCUGGAUAAGUUUUGACCAUUUAACUCCUGGCAGUACCAGAAGACAUCCAUUCGAAAGUACACUGGAAUCCAAUGCCAGUGAUUCAGGCUCAGGGGCAGGUUCUUACAUGUCGCAAUCGUCACUUCCAACGACUACACCGCCGACUAGCCCGAGUGUUACGGUAAUCAAUGCAACACUUUCUAACACAUUGAAUGUUAUUCCUAGGAAUGCGAAUGAGAAAUCAUCUAUCUCGAAUCGUUUAUCUACUACGAAUUUACUGACAGAUAGUUUGACACGCUCACAUUCCCAUGAAUCUAAUCUUCAGCAUACUAUCAACACUAGCAGUGGAAUUAUUGGACUGACAAGUUCACAUUCGAUCAAUGAUUGCUUAUCGGUAUCGAGUCAUGGAGCUGUUUCAAGUCCUUCAUCUUUACGUGCAACGUACAUAAAUCAAGUGGCAAACACUGUUCCUCGUAUACCAAAAGCAGCUCGCGCUAAGCAUUCUAUUCCUCAUCAGUGGCAUCGGAGGAAGGGAUUUCGUAUUUCAACUGAAAACUGUCACUUUUGUCAACGACAGCUGAACUUCUUUACUGAAUACGAAAAAUGCAAAUCAUGCAAAUGGAAAGUGCAUUCUCACUGUAAAGAAAAAAUUGGCGAUUCAUGCGGUCUCACACCAGCUUAUCUCAAACAAGCACUGAAGGAAAUGUUCAUGAAAGAUACUGGGAACGACGGGUGGACACCAUCUGAGUAUACUAAUUCUGCUCAACAGGCAUUUCCUUUUGAUCCAGUAGAUAGUUCAUCAAGUACGAAUAGUUCUGCACCAUCAACACCAGCUUUUCCAGCUUUACAUUCAAAAGAUGAUGCAUUGUUUGCAGCGGUCGUUCCAACGACCAGUCCAUUCCUGUUACCAUCAGCACCUCCAUCUUCCUACAAAAACAACUUUGAUUUUCCGGAAUCGGUGCCAGAGGUGCCGGAUAUUGUUGUAGAAAGUGGUUGUAGUGAUCAGCAUCGUCUUAUUUCAUCGCAAGGUUCAGAUUGUACUGUGAAUUCUUAUGGGACAGUUGUUUUGGAUAAUCCUGAAAAUUCUGAGAGCACUUCACUUAUUGAUUCAUCAGGAAGUAACAGUUCCUCUGACAUUCGGGAAGAAGUUGGUAGUCUAAAAUUGAGUCCGAAUUUUGGUUGCUCACUUAAUCGAGAUAGAUGGAGUAAUGGAACCAUACGUGUGCCUAAUAGUUGGAACGAUUUCACUAUUCCAUUCAGUCAAAUAGAAUUCAAAAAGCAAAGUUUGAUAGGGAAAGGGCGUUUCGGCGAGGUUCAUAAGGCUAAUUGGUAUGGCGAUGUAGCAGUAAAGUUAUUAAAUAUGAGUCACGUAGACGAGGAAAAGCAGUUGGAAGCAUUCAAAAUAGAAGUAGCACCAUUCAAGAAUACUCGGCAUGAUAACAUAGUACUUUUUAUGGGUUAUACUUUUGACCUUCACAAGCUGGGUAUUGUUAUGUAUUACUGUAAAGGACGCCCGCUGCACACGUUACUUCAUGACCAUUACGAAAAAUUUGAUUUCAGUCAAGUGGUUCAUUUUGCCACCCAAAUAUGUCAAGGAGUGUCUUAUUUGCAUACAAAGAAGAUAAUUCACAAAGACUUGAGAACAAAAAAUAUUUUUGUCGAAAAUAGAAAUCGAAUUGUUCUCACUGAUUUUGGCCUUUUCAAUACCAAACGACUCGGUCAACCUUACAGGAGUCACACUCUGAUCGUACCUCAAUAUUGGUUGUCCUAUGUUGCUCCUGAAUUACUCAAAACGUUAUCUUCUGACUUAGUCCAAUUGUCAUUUACCGAAAACAGUGAUGUCUAUGCAUUUGGGACCAUUUGGUACGAACUGAUGACUUAUCAUUUCCCAUUUCAAGAUGCUCAUCCUGAUAUCGUGAUUUGGAAAGUAGUGUGUGGUGUUGAAAUAUGUCUUGGUGACGUAAUUAUUCCUCAGGAAAUUAAGGUAUUACUGUUAUUAUUAUAUAUGUGCUGGAACUAUCUACCAGAUGAAAGGCCUACUUUUCGUGAUAUUUCGGUGAUGCUAGAAAGGCUUCCUAAAAAACGACUUGCGCGUAGUCCUUCAUUCCCGGUUUCAAGAAGCUAUGAAUCUGUAUUCUAA